AUGACUUCCCUCAAGGUUGCAGGGAUCAUAUGGCAAGCGCAAGUAUCGUCGGGAUGGGAUAUCGGUGUCGCGAUGAACAACAGUUUGUUUCCUCGAAGCAUCUCAGAGCAGUCGGAAAUCCUCGGAAACCUCGGAGAAGCCGGGCCUGAAAACUUCGGUGUCGCAAUUUGUGAGAGAAAUCACCAAAUGCUGAAAUGCGGAAUUUCCACAUUCAUUGGAACUCUGAUAUCGACCACCAUGAGCAACGACUCGCGCUCUCCAACUCCAGAUCCUCUUGUACCUGCAGCCAUCAGCUUCAAGGGCGAUCUGGGGAUGGCGUUCGUUGAAGAUUUGAUUCCAGAAAUCCUCGGUUUCAAUGUCUGGUGGCCACGAGAUCUCCUUCAGCUCGCAUUGGUAUCACCAUCAUGGCUUUUCUAUGCGCGCAGGCUGCUUUAUUCGAAACCCAAUUUACGCUCUUUCUCUGCUUGCACGCGAUUUGCGCGCAGCAUUCAGAACAAUCCUCACCUUCAAUCAUUGAUAAAAGGGAUUGAGCUUUGCCCAAAUGAUUCCAGACAUUUGGGAUUUGAGGAGAUGCACGCUAUACGAGUAAUCCUCGGUCUAGACGGUCUGCGGUCUGUCACAUUGGGUGGGGAGGUGGCUGUAUCCGCUGAGCGGUUCCUGAACUGCUUAGCUCAUUCCCAUAGGGUACGGGAGCUAACUAUCGAUGGAAGCCUCAUUGCAAACUCGUUGAGCGCACGACCGUCUUUCGAAUGGGACGAAGUUAUAGCUUGCAAAUUCUCUGCAGUCCGGAAAAUGCGUCUUGUGCAUCUCGAUUUAGACAUUGUGAACACCUCCUUAUAUCAACUACAGCUUACGGAGUUGGCCCUCGAGAACGUAGACAUCAUAUCGGGGAAUCUUCCGUGGCUUUUGCAGAACACGACGACUUUGAAGCAUCUUCGGGUAUCGGGCGAAUCCUCGCGCGAACUGGACGAGCAAGUAUCCUUGGUUUUGGAGAGUUAUCGUCUAGAAAGUCUCCAUUAUCAGAUAGGAAAUAGUCCAUCGUGGAACUUGCUUCUUUUCGACAGGAGCUUCGCUAGUGCUGCUUCCUUACGGUCGUUGCACUUAGAAGGCGUACGUGUUGAUUUUGAGAUACUGAGCACCAUCCACGCUCGAUGUCCCGCAAUGGAGCAUCUAUAUAUUUGUGGCAGAUAUGUUCCUUUGACCCUGGAGGAAUGGGUUGUAUUUGUUGCGUCGGGCUUAUUUCCAGCCUUACGCAUGCUUGGUCUUCCAGAGGGGACAUUCGGUCCUCCUUUUACCAAGUGGACAACUCCUUCGAAGCCUGCUUUACAGAAGGCAUGUUCACGUCGAGGUGUGCUUCUACUUGAUUAA